GAAAUGCCGAAUCUACAAGGCUCUUUGCCUCCUGAGCUCGCUAACAAUGUGGUUAGGUUGUACCGUGAAUGUCUUCGUAGAGCUACAUUCAUUGGUAAGCAGCAACACAACACUGAGCUGGUGGUUGGUAUGGUGAGGCAGCAAUUUAAAAAGCACAUGAAUGAGACAGACCCCGAGAAGAUUCAGAAGUUAAAGGAUGAGUAAGUCUUAGUUUCCUCCCUAAGCCUCUAGUGAAUUCUCACACAUACACAGAUUGCACUCUUGGGGUUUUAUCAUGUAUAUGUAUGUAUAGUAAGUCUUAGUUAACUCCCUAAGCCUCUAGUGAAUUCUCACACAUACACAGAUUGCACUCUUGGGGUUUUAUCAUGUAUAUGUAUGUAUAUACGUCUAUCUGGAAAGUUUGCACUGACUCAGAAAAGUUUUAUGUUGGUAUUUGGCAGUGCUGCUCGGGUACUCAUCAAUCACAUGUUGUUCGAGUCAGCGAAGCUAACAGGACGCAAGGUUGGCCAGAGAUCGUGAUGCAGCCUUGUUGUUAUCGUUAUGCGCUUUCUGGUUCAUUGUAUUCUGAUAAUGCAUUUAGUGGGCUUUAAUAAAGAACUUUGUAAUGAUUCAUAACAUUCAUAAUCUUGGUUUGCAAUUCAA